UGCGGGGGUCUGCGCGCAUGCGCGGAAGGGGGCACGGCGGGCGCCCGUGACCGCCCGUGCCGAGUCCCCCCGGUUCCCCCGGAUCGCCCCCAGCCCCGGGGGUCCCGCCGCGAUGUUGGAACAGGGAUUCGGGCGUUUUAAUGCAGGGGUAUUGGUGCGACCUGGGAGAUCCGGACACUGAGAGCCGCCGGGCGCUCCCGAAAGGCCCCGGGCCAACGCUGCCCCAUCCCUUGGCCUUGGCGGAGACACGGAGUGGGGCGUUGGGUCUCUCCCUCAGUUCAGAGGCCAUGAAGAUUAACCAGGACACGGUGCUGCGAGGAAAGAAGGUGAUGCUGGUGCCCUACACCGCUGCACACGUGCUCCGGUACCACGAGUGGAUGCAGUCGGAGGAGCUGCAGCGCCUGACGGCCUCGGAGCCCCUGAGCCUGGAGCAGGAGUACGAAAUGCAGCGCAGCUGGCAGGAUGACACUGACACACACUCUGAAGGUGCUGCCACGUUCUUGUUUUCCCCAGAGUGCACCUUCAUUGUGCUGGAUGCGGGGUGCUGGCCUGGGCAGGCAGAGGAGAACUCCAUGGUGGGGGAUGUGAAUCUCUUCCUCACCAACACCGAGGACCCGACUCUGGGCGAGAUUGAAAUCAUGAUUGCAGAGCCCAGCUACCGUGGCAGAGGGUUUGGCAAGGAGGCAACUCUGCUGAUGAUGGCCUAUGGAGUGAGAAACCUGGGCAUCACCAAGUUUGAGGCUAAGAUUGGUCAGGAAAAUGAAGCCAGUAUCUGCAUGUUCAAAAAGCUUCACUUUAAGGAGGUUGCUGUGAACAGCGUUUUCCAGGAGGUGACGCUGAGGCUGGAUGUCAGUGACCAGGAGAGACGGUGGCUCCUGGAGCAGACAAACCACAUGGAGGAGAAGAGCUACGCUGAGCUGAAGCAGGCAGCUGGGGUGCUGGACACCUGACAGACACACCCAGACACCGGCUGGGUUUCCACGGAGAAGUUGGACGUUGUUUCAAGGUCUGGGUGUGGAGGACACCACUGAGCUAGCACUGGAACUGUUUUCAUCUGUCUCCUUCAGCUGCUUUGUCAUCUUGUCAACUUUGCACUUUGCUGCUCCAGCCAGGAUUACUGCCUGAAAUUUGGGCCUGGGGAACAGCCAUUAACUCACACGUUUGGCUAGGAAUGACUCUGACUUUGAUGUGCUGUUCCAGCAGAGCCUAAAAUCACCAGCAGUUGAUUCCUGGACAAGCAGAAACUUUUCCCACUGCUCUUAAAUCAGGAGUCAUCAGCGAGGCAGUUUCAUAUACUGGCAGCUCAAUCAUUUUUACUCUUGAAUAAAAAAAAAUCACAAAGA